GGAAAAGUCAUUUUAAAGAAUUACUUCGUUACUUUUUUUUAUAAAAAAAAAGUGUGACAUGUUGUGACAUUUUACAACAACAAAAAAUAUUAAAAAAAAACCUAAUGAAAUUGAAAACAAAAAAGGAUCAUUACAAAUUAUAAUAACAAAAAAAAAAUAAAAUUUGAAUAAAAAGUGCCUUGAGUUCUCUUAGAAAGUGUUGUUGGCCCAGAAACAUGCUACCCUCACCUUACUACCUUAAUCUGCCACCGCUAGCCUCAAGUUCGGCUUCACUAUUACCACGAACCGAUUACCUGGAUUCAUCAUUGGGUUCUGCAUUACCAGCCCUAUUAGCGGAUAGCAAUUCGUCACCGUCGGCAUCACCUAGUCCCUACUUCUAUUCAAAUAUGCAUCCUCUCAUGGCCAUGCAAAGUAAUAUGUGGUCAUAUCCCUGGUCAUUUUUACAAAAUAGUCACCGGCCGGAGAAACCGCCAUUUUCUUACAUUGCUCUAAUCGCCAUGGCCAUAAGCAGUGCACCCAAUCAACGGCUUACUCUAAGUGGAAUAUACAAAUUUAUCAUGGAUAAAUUUCCUUAUUAUCGAGAAAAUAAACAAGGCUGGCAAAAUUCUAUUAGACACAACCUAUCUCUGAAUGAUUGCUUUGUGAAAGUGCCUCGUGACAAAAAUACCAUCGAAGACAAUGACAGUGCCGGCAAAGGCAGCUAUUGGAUGCUGGAUGCUUCGGCCAAUGAUAUGUUCGAGCAGGGAAACUACAGACGUCGGAGAACCAGGCGACAAAGACAAUGCCUUAAAACAGGGACACUGCUGGGGGAAAGUUUUAAGGCCUCUGAACAACAAGGAAGUUUUGGGGACCAAUCCAUGACAGAAUCCGGCGCCAAUAUGGAUUCCAUGUUCAACAUAAAUUCCACAAAUUUAUGUCUGAACUACAGUGACCGCAUAACAGAAAUGCAUAGGCAAUAUUUGGCUUCAAUAGCUCCAUUUAACAUUCUAUUUGGCAAUCCAGCCAUGGCAUCCAAUUCCAACAACUCGCCAUCGCAACAAAUGACCGAUGAUUUCACAAAUCCCAACUACGCAUCCAGCUCACGAACUUCAUCCGCACCUGCAGCCCCCUCAUUGAAUGGUUCGACCAACUCAUUUGCCGACGUUGAGUCCUUGGACUUUUCCGGCGACACCCUCUCGAACAGCAGUUGUUCCAGUGAUCGCAUGUUGACACAAUCACCCAGCGCGUUCACCCCCACAGGUCCUUCGGCCAAGGUGUUGUUGAAAAAGGAAAAAUGUCCGACGCCCGACACAGGUAGUUCCAUCCCAAAUAAAAGCCCAAUGGCAUUUAGCAUUGAAAAUAUAAUCAAAAAAGACUGAAAGACUGAAGACUCUUUCGGAAAUUGCUGUAUUUCAACUGUGUGAUAUUAAGACAAUAUUUAAGAGUAUUUCGUUAUGUAAAAAAAAAAAAAACAAUG